AGCCUGUGUUUACGGUCUCCCUUCAGGAUCCACCGCUGUACCAACAGCACCACCUACUGACGUGGAGUUUAAUUGUCAUGUGAAACUGUUAGAAUAGUUCAGUUGUCUUUCAAAAAAUAGGGGGGUAUCUGUUAAAAUAAAAACUAAAUGCAUAGCAUUUCCAGCCUAUUACAUCAGUUUAGUGUGUGUGCAUGUGUGUGUGGGUGAAUGUGCAUGUGCAUGUUCCUGUACACAUAUCUCUGUGGGGACCAUUUUAAGCAAAGACCCUACAGAGUGAGGACAUUUUGACCGGUCCUCUCUUUUAUUUGACUGUUUGAGGGUUACGACUUGGUUUUAGGGUUAGAAUCAGGUUUAGGUUUAGGUUACAGUUUGGUUUAGACAUUUAGUUUAGAUGGUUAAGGUUAGGGGCUCGGGAAUGUACUAUGUAAAUGAGUGUCCUCACUAAGAUAGAAGUACAAACGUACUGAGAGAUGAUCACGUGCAAGUCCACGGGUCGUUAGUUAGUUAGUUAGUUAGUUCGGUAGUUAGUUAGUUAGUAUAUCAGAAUUCAGUUCAGUUAGGGUUAAAAAUGAGAAGCGGCUGUGGCUGAAGGUCGGUGGUUCGAUCACAGUCUUAAGAAGGUACAUUCAGAAGGUACCAUAAAGUAUUGGUCUCUUCCUCUCUGGUGGUUCAGGGUCUUUCAUCCAGACGUGUGUGACUCUUCAUCAACGGACUAGAGCAGAAAUGGAUCCUGAUUGUCAGAGAGGUGAGGCUGUUCCACUGUAUGAGGGGAAGUAUAAUGGAUACCCUGAUCAGCCUGGACAGUUCGGUCCUUCUGGACAGUUCGGCCCUUCUGGACAGUUCGGCCCUUCUGGACAGUUCGGCCCACCUGGACAGUUUGGCCCUUCUGGACAGUUCGGCCCUUCUGGACAGUUUGGCCCUUCUGGACAGUUCGGCCCUUCUGGACAGUUCAGCCCUUCUGGACAGUUUGGCCCUUCUGGACAGUUUGGUCCUUCUGGACAGUUUGGCCCUUCUGGACAGUUUGGCCCUUCUGGACAGUUUGGUCCUUCUGGACAGGGUGGACAGCCUGGACAGGGCGGACAGCCUGGACAGUUCGGUCCUUCUGGACAGGUCGGCCCUUCUGGACAGUUUGGUCCUUCUGGACAGGGUGGACAGCCUGGAAAGCCUGUUGGACCUGUAGUGGUUGACCAUACCACUGUGGAGAUCACCACUGCGCCCCCCCGGGACCACUUCAUCUGGUCCAUACUCAGUCUUUUCUACGCAAACAUGUGUUGCCUCGGACUGGCAGCUCUCAUCUGCUCGGUCAAGGCCAGAGACCGGAAGAUGGUUGGAGAUAUGGUUGGUGCCCGACACCACAGCUCCACCGCCCGCAAACUCAACAUCAUCAAUGCAUCUCUGUUUGCCGUCCUGAUCAUCACUAUCAUUAUUCUCUUCUUCUAUAACCCAAUGAUCUCAGGAGUCAUCCUCAGCUAUUGGAUCCACAAGUUGUAAACGAGCAGAGACGUCGGCUGUUGCUGCUACGUUUCUCUGAUCUGUCACAUUUUAUUCACAUUUUAUACCUUAAACAUGUAAACACGACUGAUUUGUAUUUGUGUGUCCAAACAGUUUCAUUUGACAAUAAAAGAGUUUCCUAA